AUGACUAUAGACAAGGAACUCUGUGACCUAGGUGCAAGUGUAAGUCUGAUGCCUCUGUCAAUAUGUAAAAAACUGGACGUAGGAGAGCUCAAACCUAUAACAAUUUCACUGCAACUGGCUGAUUGGUCUGUAAAGUAUCCUAUGGGCAUCCUAAAGAAUAUCCCUAUUAAGGUGGGAAAGUUCUUCAUCCCAGUUGAUUUUGUUGUUUUGAAAAUAAUGGAAGAUGUCCAAAUUCCUAUCAUCAAGGGAAGACCUUUCUUGGCAAAUGCCGGAGCUAUCAUAAAUGUUAAGAAUGGGCGGUUAACUCUCAAGGUAGGAGAUGAAGAAGUGGAAUUCAACCUGUUCAGAACAAUGAAGCACAAAAUUGAACCUGAUGAAUGUUUAAAGGUUGAUAUAGUUGACAAGAUAGCUGAAGAGGAAUUUUAUAAAGCACAUCCUAAAGAUCCUCUUGAAGCAUGA